CGACUGACCUGCUAUUGUCGACGUUGAAAGCGAUCACCCAACGACACCGUCCGUCACCUUUCACCCAAGCCCUCCCUCGACAACAGGUGCAUACGGCGUCAACAUGUCUGACCACGGGGAAGUCGAGGUCGAAAACCCCUCCGGGGCUUUCCAGGUCCUGCCCAAGGACGUCGCUGCGGAGAUGGGAUCCGUCAAGCUGUUCAACCGCUGGAGUUACGAGGAUGUUGAGAUCAGGGACAUCUCCUUGACCGACUACGUCCAGAUCCGUAACCCCGUCUACCUUCCUCACACUGCUGGCCGCUAUGCCGCCAAGCGCUUCCGCAAGUCGCAGUGCCCCAUCAUCGAGCGCCUGACCAACUCCCUCAUGAUGAACGGUCGCAACAGCGGCAAGAAGCUCAUGGCUGUCCGCAUUGUUGCCCACUCUUUCGAGAUCAUCCACAUCAUGACCGACCAGAACCCUCUGCAGGUCGCCGUUGAUGCCAUCGUCAACUGCGGUCCCCGCGAAGACAGCACCCGUAUCGGUUCCGCCGGUACCGUCCGUCGCCAGGCCGUCGAUGUGUCUCCCCUCCGCCGUGUCAACCAGGCCAUUGCUCUCCUCACCAUCGGUGCUCGCGAGGCUGCUUUCCGCAACAUCAAGACCAUCGCUGAGUGCCUUGCUGAGGAGCUGAUCAACGCCGCCAAGGGUAGCUCCAACUCGUACGCCAUCAAGAAGAAGGACGAGCUUGAGCGUGUUGCCAAGAGCAACCGGUAAAAGGGUUUUGUUGGGCGUAUUCUCCGUUUGGUUCCGGGUUUUAUGUGUACUGGAGUGGACGGGGGGUUUUACUCGGGUUCAGUCGUAUUUGCAUGCAUCUGCGCGGCUGUACAUAACCUGAACACAACCAUGGGAGGGAGCGAGUUCCAAAAAUGAGAGAAUCGGACGGCUUUCUUCUAUAGUAGUUUAAGAUGCGAUCAUGAAGACCUCGAACUUUUGAAGCCGGUACUUAAAAAAUUUUGUAUGAAAAAGAAAAAUACACUGCACUUCUCUACCAGGCUCUCCUUUUCGUAAUGAGUUUUGGAAGUGACAUGUUUGUCUAUACGGUC